AUGGCUUGUGAUAUUCUGCAAUCAAUUAAGAUAGAUAAUAAUUACAAAUCCUUUACUGAUAGAUAUUUUACCAAACGCUAUAUAAUUGACUUCAAUGGCAUUAAGAAUAAUGACAUUAUGAUUAUGUUCCAUUCAAAUAGAGUAGCGUUACUUUGUUUAGCUCCAAGCCAUUUCUUUUUUAAAAAUAAUAAUAAUUAUAAAUUGAACUUCUCUGUAGGAAAUAUAGAUAGAUUGAGUAAUACUGUUAAAGGCAAGAGUAAGAAGGGUGGGCAGAUGUUGACGCCUAAAUCCGUGAUUUGUAAAAUAGAUUAUGAAGAUGGCACAAGUUUUGAUGUCCCCAGUUGCAUGAAGAGUACCCUGAUAGAAGUAAAUGAGCAACUUGUCUCUGAUCCACACCUUCUCAGGAAGAAGCCAGAUGCCGAUGGAUUUAUUGCAAUAUUGUUGUCUAGUAUUGCAAUAUCAGAUGCAACUAAAAAUGAAUUGUUGUCUUAUGAGGAUUAUAUUAAAGUUAUUGAUAGAUUAACUAAAUAA